AUGGUGUCCGUCACGAUGGCAACAUCUGAAUGGAUUCAGUUUUUCAAAGAAGCUGGGAUCCCCCCGGGCCCCGCCGUCAACUACGCUGUCAUGUUUGUGGAUAACAGGAUUCAGAAGAACAUGCUGAUGGACCUGAACAAGGAGAUCAUGAACGAGUUGGGCAUCACGGUGGUGGGAGACAUCAUCGCCAUCCUCAAACACGCCAAAGUCGUCUACAGGCAGGAGAUGUGCAAGGCGGCCACCGAAUCGCUCUGCCCCAGUUCCCACAGCGUCCAAGCCGAGCUGCGCCGCAACACCAGCAGCGCCGCCAGCCGGAUGAUCGCCAACAGCCUGAGCAGGGACUCGCCCCCUGCCACUCCGCUCCGGCAGCGGCCCCACGCCUCCAAAAUCUCCGUCACCGUCUCCAACAAAGUGGCCGCCACCAAGGCAGGUUUGUGCGACGCGGCAGACGAAAACCCGGCGAUCCCGGUGAAACGCCGCCGGGUGACAGCCGAAAUGGAAGGAAAAUACAUCAUCAACAUGCCCAAGGGCACCACACCGAGGACGAAGAAAAUCCUGGAGCAGCAAGCGGCCAAAGGUCUGCAGAGGACGUCUGUCUUUGACCGGCUGGGAGCUGAGGCGACAGUGGACACGACCACGGGAGAGAAGCCCACGGGGGUCUUCAGCAGACUGGGUGACACCUUGGGGACCGGCAGGGACAAGGCCGCUGAGAGCGACGACGACUGCUCCGUCCUGCAGUACGCCGGCGUCCUCAAGAAAGUCGCCAAACCCCCCCGGAAGGAAAGCGCCAAACCAGGAGGGACCAUCAAGGCAAAAGCCACCAGUUCGGAAGCCAAACCAGAGAAAAAAAAAACCCCUGCCCCCCACCGGCCCGGGCACCGGACCGCCCCCGGUAUCCAUCUACCGGCAAAACCGGCAUCCAAAACUGUCGUCACGGUGCCGGUGGAGGCCCAGGACGGUGACGUCAGCAGCACGAAGGAUAAAAGCCAGCCCGAAUUUCGGGUGACCAUCAAAAGGACCUGGGGGUGCGGAAAGGUGAGCAGCACCAGCGAGAGCCCCGGCGCGCAGAUGGACAGCGCUGGCACCGUCAGCGUCUUUAAGCGCCUGGGGAAGAAACCGGGUUGA